UGAAUGGCAUUGGGAAUAAGGCCCAAUUGUAAAGUGAAAGUAAUGGCAUGUACAUUUAUAGUUAUCAGUUAUUAUCAGCUUAUGCUUUCAGUCAUAAUAGCUUUUGUUUCAUGCAUGGUGUCAUGACUUAGAAUCUAGUGAAUAGCCCAUGCUUGUUAAUUUUAAUUCACAGUAGUAACUCAACUCGUUGUAGUUCAGCUAAACUGUCCUGUGUGAUAGCUUGCAUUCACUGGUGUACUAUAAUUUACGUUAUUCAAGACAACGUACAUCGAUUGAACCAAGUAUGCUGGGAAAAAAAUUAUUUGCGUCGACAAUAAUCUUUUUGUUUUUAACAUAUCCUCUUCCCUCAUGGGUUUACGAUGAUGAUGGUCGACUUAAAAUAGCUAUUGAGUACUGGGUGAGACCGGAUACAAUGUCAGUGUGUCCUCAUUCCAUACCCCAAGACCAGUGUGUGACUAUAUCUGACCUUGUAUCAAAUGCCACCACAGGUAAUGCAAGUAUCAAUGGAAACAGAAACAUAACAUUGAAUUUUCUGCCGGGUAUUCACAUUCCUCGUGAAAGAGGUUGGAUUAUCAUCGGAGAGCUGAAUGGAAAGGAUUCAGACGUCGACGUUCAUGUAUCAGCAGUUGUUGCUGGUCUACCUGCUCAAUUCAAUGUGUCUCAAGGAGGGGUAGAGCAAGUUCUGAUUGACUGUGCACAAGGAUUUGCGAUUAGUUUCUUGUUCUUUCGUGUCUCGUCACUAUCAUUGAAACACUUUGAGAUACAAAAUUGUGGUUAUGGCCUCCAUCUCCCGAGAAAGGAGAUGAGUUUACUAGUGGAGACAACAGCCUCAAUCGGUGUCAUGAACGUACCAGAGAUGGCAGCCAGUGACAUCACAAUUAGCAACAGUUUAGGAGUUGGUCUGCUAGUAAUUAACUUCGGCGAAUAUGAAAAGUGGAAAUUACAGAUUGAUCAUGUUAUGAUAAAUGGUAGCAACAAUGAACAGAACAAAGAGAUGAUGGGAGGAAAUGCAUACAUUCUUGUCACUAACGCCUUCACUAACGCCUACAAAGAAAAAAGCAGCAGCAGCAGCAUUCAAAUCGUAAAUUCCAAUUUUUCAAAUGGCAUUGGAAACUGUCACGAAAGAAAUGCACAAGACUUUCAUGGAUGCACUUCAGGUGGUCUGGCAAUCGUGAUUGAUUCAUUCAAACACAGUAUUCAUCUUGACAUAGAAAAUUGCACAUUUAGCAAUAACCAAGCGAUUGUUGGUGGAGGAAUGAUUGUACUAGUGAAACUAGAGGAUUACAAGAGUUUUACUGAGUUCUUACAUUCACAAAAUCUUUUCUCUUCAUUUAGAUUUCAGAGCUCAUACUGGCCGGGUUUUCAUACCUCUACCCAUCGUUAUCUUUAUUCUCAAUAUUAUAAUUACGGUGUUACAGUAAGAAUUAUCAGGUCUGUUUUCUUUGGCAACACAGCAAUUACUGAUGGUGGUGCAAUGUAUGUGUCUGAAGACGAUAAUAUCGGUGCUACAUACAUCAAAGACACUGAAAUUGUCAUAUCUAAAACUACUUUUAUACUUAACUCAGCUGCCAAAUAUGGCGGAGCUAUAUUCAUUGUUGAGUAUUUGUACGAAGUCCAGGACUGUAUAUUCUCAGCAAAUAAAGCUAAAAGUGGAGCAGCAUUUUAUUUUAGAUCUAAAACGCGUCACACUAGUCAAAUCAAAAAUUCAAAAUUUGAAGGUAACUCAAUCUUCCAGGUUGCUACAACAAACAGCCAUGGUGACACAGAAGGUAGUGUUAUUGUUAUUCAUAGGCAAGAGGGACUUCUGCUUAGUAAUGUGAGUAUGGUGAACAACACUUGCAGAGCUUUGUACCUUUUUGAAUCAUGGCUAACAAUAUCUGGCAUCGUUAACAUCGAAAAUAAUUCUGCUAUAAAAUCAGAUGGAGGUGGAAUCUUUUUUGACUGCUCAAUCAAAAUUACCAAUUCAGUUUUACAAACAAUUCAUACUAGUUUUCUCGAAUUUGACGAACAGACAUUCAAUCAUCUUAUUGUUAAUGGAAACAAGGCUGAUGGUGUAGGUGGAGGUAUUGCAAUCAGGCACAGUUGUGGAAUACAAGACAAAUGCUUUAUUAGCACACAAGUGAUGGAUAACACCGUAGUUACAAUGAUGGAUAACACAGCCAAAUUUGGAGGAAAUUCAGUUUUUGGUGGAAAUCUUGAAAAUUGCCCAUUAAGUUUUUGGUCGAAAGUCUACAUUGCUGAAAUAAACACAUCCUCAGCAAUUUCCUCUCCUCCAAACAAAGUGUGCAUUUGUUCUAUAGAUUUCCCACAAACACAUAGUUGCUCACACUCGUUAAAGAUUAGGACUUUCCCUGGGGAAAUUUUUCAAGUCCCACUUGUGUGCGUUGGUCAGUACAAUUAUUCUUCUCCUUGCAUUGUGAGAGCAGAUUUGAAAAACACUAACAACAGCAUUGCAGACACUUGGAAAGUUAAAGAUUUAGGUUUAGAGUGCAAAAAUGUAUCCUACUCAAUCGAUACAUUUGAAACUGAAGCUACUGUAUCAUUGUUUUUGACAAUUCAAGAUUCAAUUGUGGAACUAUAUAAUUGGGAGAAAAAAGUGAUUCCAGUGAUAAUUGAUGUUUGGAUAGAAGCUUGCCUGCCUGGCUUUAUACAAGACAGUAACACUGGGAAGUGCAUUUGUACCAGCCAUCUCAUUGAAAAGGGUGUAACUUGCAGCGUAACUGAUGGACAAUUGCACAAAGCCUUGUCAAUGUGGGUUGGUAAUUAUGGUGGACAUGUCACUGCACAUCAAACUUGCCCAUUUGACUACUGUAAAAGCAAUUACACUACCAUUGAUCCACGUAAUCAGCACGAGCAGUGUGACUUCAAUCGCACUGGUAUCCUGUGUGGAACUUGUCCACCAGGUCUCAGUCUAGUUUUAGGUACAUCCCAGUGUAAGAAAUGCUCCAAUGUCUACCUUCUCCUACUCAUACCGUUUGCACUUGCUGGAGUUGUGUUGAUUGUUGUAUUGCUUAAAUGCAACCUAACUGUUUCUACAGGAACUAUCAAUGGUCUCAUCUUCUAUGCAAAUAUUGUAGGAGCAACACAAACUACUUUCUAUCCAGCUAACAGCAACAGUAAACCUAUAUAUGUUCUCUCCAUUUUUGUUGCUUGGCUAAAUCUCGACCUAGGAAUAGAAACAUGCUUUGUGGAAGGGCUAAACACAUACUACAAAACUUGGUUGCAGUUUGUCUUCCCUGUGUACAUUUGGGCAUUGGUAGGUUUACUGAUUGUUAUCAGUAGAUACUCUAUUACCGUUUCUAAAUGGACUGGCUCAAACACAGUAUCAGUUCUAGCUACACUCUUCCUACUAUCGUAUGCUAAACUGUUACGAACAACAUUCGAUACAUUUUCACCAAUCACGCUCACAAACGUCAACGGCACACCCACCACUCUCUGGCUGCUUGAUGGCAGGUACCAAUUCCUAGAGUGGCCACACAGCUUGCUCUUUAUUGUUGGGCUUGUCACAUUAUUAGCUCACAUACUGCCAUUCACCAUCUUGCUAUUAACGGCACCAUUUCUCCAGCGAUACUCACAUCACAAGCCACUGCGAUGGGUCAACAAAGUGAAACCUCUAUUAGAUGCCUAUCAGGGACCAUACAAAAAUAACAUUCGCUAUUGGAGUGGACUUCAACUACUCAUUAGACUGGUUAUUCUAACUGCUGUGGCUUUGAAUGUGACUAGAAACAAAGCCGUAAACUUAUUCUUAAUAAGCCUCGUACUUUCUCUGGUAUUGCUAAUGUCUAUGACGCUCCAAAUAACAAAGGUCUAUCGAAACAAACUCCAAAAUUGUCUUGAACUAUUCUUUCUCGGUAAUCUGCUAGUUCUCACAUUGUCCUCACAAUUUCUUCUUUCAAACAAAACACAUAAAAUCAAGGGGCAAGCUAUUCUUACGUCUUGCAUGGUCGGCAGUGCAUUUGCUGUAUGCUUACUGAUAUUAAUUUAUCACUGUUACAAUUUCUGCUUAAAGUACCCAGCUUUCAAGAAGCUCAUAAAAAGAGCUGGCGCAUUAUCUUCAAAACCACAAAAAGAAACAUGUCAUUUGGACCCAUACAUCCUAACGGGCUCAAACACAACAAGCAAGCCAACAUUCACUAUUGUGGAGCUUAAGGAACCACUAUUAGAGGCCUCUAGUUAAACCUCUAAAUAACCAGUUGUAUAGCAUCUAUAACACACUAUAGUACUCAUAC